AUAAAUAAAUAAAAGAUUAUUGCGAACAAAUAGUAGCAGUAGUAGGUACUCGUUUUUGAAUUCAAAACAAAAGACAGAGUCCUCUUUCCUCUCUUUUCUGCAGCAAAAAAAUAAAAAAAAUCCACAGACUAUAGAAUAUAUGUUCUUAUUUUGAUCUGUCGAUAGAUAAAGAAGAAACCGGCAAGUCUUUUUCUUUCUAUUUUUUUUUUAUGGGGGAUGAGAAAUCGGCGAUCGUCAUGGCCAGUAGAGACAGAGACAGAGAUCGAGAGCUUCUAAUACCAGUCGCUGACUCUCCCGACCUUGAUAUCGCUUCUAAACCUUCGGCUUCCUCCUCCUCCUCCUCCUCCUCGUCGCAUCACUCAGGACGCGAGACGUUUUGCAAGUUCGUUAGGAGCUGGGCUUCAAAAAAAUUCAUGACAGGAUGUGUCAUCCUGUUUCCCAUUGCAAUCACCUUCUACAUAACAUGGUGGUUUAUUCACUUUGUGGAUGGAUUCUUCUCUCCAAUUUAUGCCCAACUUGGAAUUGAUAUCUUUGGUCUGGGAUUUAUAACCUCCCUAACAUUCAUUUUCUUGGUUGGGGUAUUCAUGUCAUCUUGGUUGGGAGCAUCCGUCCUGAGCCUUGGAGAGUGGUUUAUCAAAAGGAUGCCAUUUGUUCGCCAUAUUUAUAACGCUUCCAAGCAAAUUAGUGCUGCCAUAUCCCCAGACCAAAACACUCAGGCUUUCAAGGAAGUGGCCAUCAUAAGACAUCCACGUAUUGGCGAGUAUGCUUUUGGGUUCAUUACUUCAACUGUGACCCUCCAGAACUACUCUGGAGAAGAAGAGCUAUGCUGUGUCUAUGUUCCCACAAAUCAUCUGUACAUUGGUGAUAUAUUCCUGGUUACUACCAAAGAUGUUAUCAGACCCAAUCUCUCAGUCCGAGAAGGAAUCGAAAUCGUUGUCUCUGGGGGGAUGUCGAUGCCCCAGGUCCUUUCAACACUCGAUUCAAGCAUUUCAGUGGAUAGAAGUAGAUCUGAAAGAAGCUGAGGUUGAAGAAAGUAGUUGUAGAUGGAUUGCUUAUUACUUCUAUUGGUUUCAAAAUGAGUCAUCAGAGCGGCCACUCAAUCAGCUUUGUGCUGAUAGUGCUGGAUUUGAGGCCAGAUCAAUUUUUUCCGUGUUUGUCAGAUGCUGGUUGGUGGCCUGUGUAGCGUUUUUUUUUUUUUCGUUUAGAAUGUACAUUAAGUGCUUGGAAUAGUGUGGAUUAUACUGGCAGAUAGGCGUUGUUGGCUUUGAGUUCUCUUUUUUCCACGUAAUAGAAUGGUUUUGGCUAA